AUGCAGCAUACUACACCACACGUGUACCACAACCACACUGCACCACACCACACUCCCCGACACCACAUCUUACUGCACAACACUAUACCACACCACACUGCACCACACCACACUCCCCGACACCACAUCUUACUGCACAACACCAUACCACACCACACUGCACCACAAUGCACCACACCCCUUCAUACCACACGUGCACCACACCACACUACACUUCACCACAUUCCAUCAAACCACGCCGCACUACACUUCACCACACGACACCACACCACACUGCACUGCACCAAAUCGCACCACGCUGCACAACACCACACAACAUCACCCCACAAAGCACCACACUGCAUCACACCACACCACACUUCACCACACAACACCACAUCACACCCCACCACACCACACCACAUCGCACUAGACAGCACCACACCACACUGCAUCACACCGCAACACACUACACCUCACAACAACACACUGCAUCACACCACACCCCAUCCACCCACCACACCACACCACACCACACUGCACUACACCACACUACACUGCACCGCACCACAGCACUACACAAUUGCACUACACAACAACCCACCACACCACAUCACAGUAUACCACACCCUGCCACACCACAGCCCACCACACCACAGCCCACCACACCACAUCCCAACACACCACACUACACCCCACCGCGUCUCACUAUAUCACACCAAAUCACACUGCACCGCACCACAUCAUACUGCACCACACCCCUCCACACCACACGUGCACCACAACACUACAUCACACCCCCUCCACACUACGCAUGCACCACACCUCACCACAUCACACCACACUGCACCACACCACACCAAACCACACUGGACCACAUCACACUGUCCCACACCACAUCACACCACACCAUACUACACAACACCACACACGACACCACACAACACACCAAUCAGCCAACAACAGUGUACAGGAUUACACAGCCCAGCCAGCACACCAAACACCCCACUCAACACACCACACACCAGGCAGUCAGCAACAGUGUACAGGAUUACACAGGCCAACAAGCACACCACACACCACACACCAGCCAGUCAGUUAGCAACAGUGUACAGGAUUACACAGGCCAACAAGCACACCACACACCACACACCACACACCAGCCAGUUAACAACAGUGUACAGGAUAAGUGAGGAUAACACAGGCCAGCCAACACAUCACACAUACCACAUCAUACACCACAAAGCCAGUGUUAGAUGUUGA